AUCCAGGCCUGGACCUGAGGAGCUGUCUGCUGCCCAAAUCCCUCUGUUCAGUCUUCUUGUGACUUUGUGACCCGGACCUUUUUGGCUCAGGGCUGCUGAAGCUAUUUCUAGCUUUGCCCUGGCCUGGUUUACUGUCCUACCCCAGUUCCAGGGCGCUGGUGGGGUCUGGUGCCCCCUGCCCCUGAGUGCCAACCCACAGGCCUCAUCCCAGCCACCCAGCACCCCGCUCUAAGGGUGGAGGUGGCCCAGCACAUGGCUUUGAAGGGUUUUAUGUGAUGGCCACUCCCUUGCCAGGUUGUGAUGGGGCCUGGGUGCUCUUCUCAGACUGGCCGAGCGCUUCAGUCAGGACCGGGCAUUCCUGUCGUACUGGCACCCGGAUUGUGAAAGGCCUGCGGGGAACUUGGCUCUUCUCUUUGCUGCUGCUCUGGGGCCCACACCCUGCCUGCCUUCUGCUCAGCCGCCAGCAACAAGCUUUCCCGGGAGCUCCCCUCCUCUGAAUUGGGGUGGCAACACAGGGCAGGGUAGAGGAGGCCUGGAUGGCGAUGGCUGGAGAGUGUGGGUCUUCCAGGGAUCUGGGGCAGGGUGUCAAGGCCCCACCACAGUGGUGUCUGUGGCUCUAGUGUAGGUUUCAGGCACCUCAUUUCCUGGACAGGUGGCCGGUCCAGUAGUGGGUGUGGGGCUUGGGUGGAGCAGAGGAGAUGGGUGGGAGGGACCCGGGAGGAGCUCCGGGUCAGCUGUGAUACCGCUGGCUCUGGGUUAAAACUUUGACAGUCCUUGGUCCUGCUCCAUCAUUCCUGCUCCUGAGGACUCAGCCUCAUGGCUCUGGCAAAGGCGCCUGGGACCUGCCUGCUCACGGUCCGUGUGCUGCAGGCGCGUGGCCUGCCCUCCAAGGACCUAGUGACCCCCUCUGACUGCUACGUUACCCUGUGGCUGCCCACGGCCUCCAGCAACAGGCUGCAGACACGCACGGUCAAGAACAGCAGAAGCCCCGUCUGGAACCAGAGCUUUCACUUCCGAAUCCACAGCCAGCUCAAGAACAUCGUGGAACUGAAAGUCUUUGACCAGGACCUGUUGACCAAAGACGACCCCGUGUUGUCAGUGCUGUUUGACGCGGGGACGCUGCGGGUUGGGGAGUUGCGGCGUGAGAGCUUUUCACUGAGCCCUCAGGGUGAGGAGCGGCUAGAAGUUGAAUUUCGGCUGCAGAGUCUGGCAGACCAAGCUGAGCAGCUCGCCAGCAAUGGCAUCCUGGUGGCCCGGGAACUCUCCUGCUUGCACGUUCAACUGGAGGAGACAGGGGACCAGAAGGGGUCAGAGCGAGGAGUUGAGCUUGUGCUUCCUGGGUCCUUUGAGGGUGCACAGGAGGCCUCGGUGGGCACCAGCUCCUUCUGCUUCCAUUGCCCGGCCUUCUGGGAGCAAGAGCUGGGUAUCCAUCUGCAGGAUGCCCCCCAGGAACAACUGAAGGUGCCACUGCAGGCGCUGCCCUCCGGCCAGGUGGUGAGGCUCGUCUUCCCCACGUCCCAGGAGCCCCUGAUGAGGGUGGAGCUGAGAAAAGAAGAAGGACCCCAGGAGCUGGCCGUGCGGCUGGGCUGCGGGCCCUGUGCCGAGGAGCAGGCCUUCCUGAGCAGGAGGAAGCAGGUGGUGGCCGCGGCCCUGAAGCAGGUCCUGCAGCUGGACAGAGACCUGCACGAGGACGAGAUCCCAGUGGUAGCUGUAAUGGCCACUGGUGGUGGGAUCCGGGCAAUGACUUCCCUGUACGGGCAGCUGGCCGGCCUGAAGGAGCUGGGCCUCCUGGAUUGCAUCUCCUAUGUCACAGGGGCCUCGGGCUCCACCUGGGCCUUGGCCAACCUCUAUGAGGACCCAGAGUGGUCUCAGAAGGACCUGGCAGGGCCCACUGAGUUGCUGAAGACCCAGGUGACCAAGAGCAAGCUGGGGGUGCUGGCCCCGAGCCAGCUGCGGCGGUACCAGCAGGAGCUGGCUGAGCGUGCCCGCCUGGGCCACCCCACCUGCUUCACCAACCUGUGGGCCCUCAUCAACGAGGCGCUGCUGCACGAUGAGCCCCAUGACUACAAACUCUCCGAUCAGCGGGAGGCCCUGAGUCGUGGCCAGAACCCUCUGCCCAUCUACUGUGCCCUCAACACCAAGGGGCAGAGCCUGACCACCUUUGAAUUUGGGGAGUGGUGCGAGUUCUCCCCCUAUGAGGUCGGCUUCCCCAAGUACGGGGCCUUCAUCCCCUCUGAGCUCUUUGGCUCCGAGUUCUUCAUGGGGCGGCUGAUGAAGAGGCUUCCCGAGUCCCGCAUCUGCUUUCUGGAAGGUAUCUGGAGCAACCUGUAUGCAGCCAACCUUCAGGACAGCUUGUACUGGGCCUCAGAGCCCAGUCAGUUCUGGGACCGCUGGGCCCACAGUCAGGCCAGCCUGGACAAGGAACAGGUCCCCCUUCUGAAGAUAGAGGAGCCACCCACAACAGCCGGCAGGAUAGCUGACUUUUUCACCGACCUUCUGACGAGGCGCCCACUUCCCCAGGCUACCCACAAUUUCCUGCGUGGCCUCCAGUUCCACAAAGACUAUUUCCAGCAUCCAAACUUCUCCACCUGGAAAGCCACCAAACUGGAUGGGCUCCCCAACCAGCUGACACCCGCGGAGCCCUACCUUUGCCUGCUGGAUGUCGGCUACCUUGUCAACACCAGCUGCCCGCCCCUCCUGCAGCCCACUCGGGACGUGGACCUCAUCCUGUCGCUGGACUACAACCUCCAUGGAGCCUUUCAGCAGCUGCAGCUCCUGGGCCGGUUCUGCCAGGAGCAGGGGAUCCCCUUCCCGCCCAUCUCACCCAGCCCGGAAGAGCAGCGGCAGCCACGGGAGUGCCACACCUUCUCCGACCCCACCCGCCCUGAAGCCCCUGUGGUGCUGCACUUCCCCCUGGUCAACGACUCCUUCCGGGAACACUCGGCCCCUGGGGUCCGGCGGACACCCGAGGAGGCAGCAGCUGGGGAGGUGAACCUGUCUUCAUCCAACUCCCCCUACCACUACACAAAGGUGACUUACAGCCAGGAGGAUGUGGACAAGCUGCUGGGCUUGGCGCAUUACAACAUCUGCAACAACCGGGGGCAGCUGCUGGCGGCCCUGCGCCAGGCUGUGCGGCGGAGGCAGCAGCGCAGGCGCGAGUGACAGUGCAGGGGAGGCGCCCGGCCCCACCGCCCUUGCCUCCUUCAGGCUCGUUCCCGUCAUCUCCACGUGUUCCAGUCACAGUGCCACCGAAGUAUGUGCCCAGAACUGCCCAGAGGCGGCGCUGAGGGUAGCAGUGGGAAGGAGGCUGGAGCCCAGGGCAGUACUGACCUCACUUACACAAGCACUCCAUGGCCUGUGACUGUCUUGCCUUCUGUGCUACUUUGCAUAGUGCACAAAGUGAGAUGGAGCCCUGUAUGCAUUACACAGACUCAGCUGUGAGGCACUGAGGUCAUGUCAUUCCAAGCUCUCGGUUAUACAUUGCAAGGACUGGUUUAAAAAACAAAAUGAAACAGCAAAAAGUCUCGCCCGGUACCUUA